UUUCUUUGCUAUUUAAUUACCAUUAUUAAUUUUACUAACCAGUGCAGUGUUGGUUUGAAUUUGUUUCUUAACCAGUUCCUGGAUCUUUAUUUUCUGCACCCCAUUCUAAUCUUGCUUGUGUAUUUUUCUUCAUCUCCCUAGAACAACUUCAUCAACCUGAGUUUUCUUAGGCUGUUUCGAGCUGCCCGUCUCAUUAAGCUGCUCCGACAAGGCUAUACCAUCCGCAUUCUGCUCUGGACCUUUGUCCAAUCUUUUAAGGCCCUUCCAUAUGUGUGUUUGCUGAUUGCAAUGCUGUUUUUUAUCUACGCCAUUAUAGGAAUGCAGGUUUUUGGCAAUAUUAGCAUUGAACAUGAUGAGGAUAUGCCUGAGGAUGACUUGCCUGCCAUCACUGAGCACAAUAAUUUUCGCACAUUCUUUCAAGCUUUGAUGCUUCUUUUUAGAAGUGCCACAGGUGAGGCUUGGCAUGAGAUCAUGCUCUCUUGUCUAAGUGGAAAACUCUGUGAUGAAAAAGCAGAUCUCAAAGGAUAUCAGUGUGGCAAUGAGUUUGCAUACUUCUAUUUUGUUUCCUUCAUUUUCCUGUGUUCUUUCCUGAUGUUGAACCUUUUCGUGGCUGUCAUCAUGGAUAACUUUGAAUAUCUGACCCGUGACUCUUCCAUUUUGGGGCCCCACCACCUGGAUGAGUAUGUUCGUGUGUGGGCUGAGUAUGACCCUGCUGCCUGGGGCCGGAUGACUUUCAUGGACAUGUAUGAGAUGCUGAGACAUAUGUCUCCACCCCUGGGGUUAGGGAAGAAAUGCCCUGCCCGUGUUGCUUAUAAGAGAUUACUACGAAUGGAUUUACCUGUGGCAGACGACAACACAGUCCAUUUCAAUUCUACUCUUAUGGCAUUGAUCAGGACUGCCCUUGACAUCAAGAUUGCCAAAGGAGGGGCUGACAAACAGCAGAUGGAUGCUGAAUUGAGAAAAGAGAUGAUGGCAAUCUGGCCCAACCUAUCCCACAAAACUCUAGAUCUUCUGGUCACCCCUCACAAAUCUACUGACUUGACAGUGGGGAAAAUCUAUGCAGCCAUGAUGAUCAUGGAAUAUUACCGCCAGAGUAAGGCUAAGAAGCUGCAGGCCAUGAGGGAGGAGCAGAAUCGGACACCACUUAUGUUCCAGCGUAUGGAACCACCUUCUCCAUCCCAAGAAGGUGGCCAAGGACAAAAUGCUCUUCCUUCCUCUCAACUGGACCAAGGAGGUGGAAUGAAUAUACAGGAAGGAGUAAUGAAGGAAAGUGAGUCAUGGGUCACGCAAAGGGCACAGGAGAUGUUCCAGAAAACAGGAACCUGGAGCCCAGAGCGGGGGCGCUUAGAGGAAAUACCCAAUAGCCGGACCAAUUCCCAGUCUGUAGAGAUGCGGGAGAUGGCAAAAGAUGUCUACUCAGAUAGUGAUCAGUAUUUACCCAUGGAGGGUCACGGAAGAGCUGCCUCCAUGCCACGAUUGCCUGCUGAAAACCAGACCAUUGCUGAUACAAGUCCCAUAAAACGCUCUGCCUCCAUGUUGGGCCACUCACGCUCCAAAGGUACGCGCUUGGAUGAUUACUCUCUAGAAAGAGUAAUUCCAGAGGAUGGCCAGCGACAUCACCGCCGACGGGAGCGGACUCACCGUACAUCAGAACGUUCACUGAGUCGAUACACUGAUGUGGACACAGGUCUGGGUACAGACCUCAGUCUGACUACACAGUCAGCUGACCUACCUCCCAAAGAAAGGGAUCAAGAACGAGGCAGGCCUAAGGAUCGGAAGCACCACCACCAUCACCACCACCACCACCACCACCACACAUCUUCUGACAAGGAGCGAUAUUCACAAGAGAGGCAUGAAUAUAGCCGGCCUCGAUCCAGAGAUCGACGAUGGUCCCGCUCACCAAGUGAAGGCCCAGAACAUGUGCCUCAUAGGCAGGGCAGUAGUUCCGUAAGUGGGAGUCCGGUCCUCUCAACGUCUGGCACCAGCACCCCGAGGCGAGGACGCCGCCAGCUCCCACAGACCCCUUCUACACCCCGGCCACAUAUCUCCUACUCCCCCGUGGUCCGUAAGGCCAUCAACACAGGGGGCCAGCAGCAACCGCCGUCGGUGCACCCCAGCCGAAUAGCCAGCCCAGCCCCGCGGCGCUACCCCUCGCUGCCUGCCGAGCACCACGUCUCCGAGCGGCGCAGCAGGUCUCCGGCUAUGGAGCGACACACUGUCCCGCCGCGAAAUGAUUCGCCUCGCGGCUACCGCCAUGCCAGUAGCCGGUGGUCGACGCCACAAGUGUCCGAGCCCCCGGGGGGGCCUCGCCACGGCAGCGGUUACCACCGGAGUCGGGACUACGGCAGCCCUGCAGGCGAGGAAGCUUUUCCCUACGAGGCCAUGCAGCAGCAGCCGCAGGGGAGCAGCUCAGGACGUUCGCCCAGGACUUCCCGGGUGGGCGGCGGCGGCGGCGGCGGCGGCGGCGGCUCGUCCUCUGUCUCCCCCUACAGACACGGGCGACGGCUCCCCAAUGGAUACUAUCACUCACACGGACCAGCCAAGUCGCGCGGGACAGGGUCACGCAAAGGACUGCACGAACCUUACAGCGAAACUGACGAGGACGACUGCUGCUAACCUACGAGUGGCUUCACUUUAACACGUGCGCGCACGCGCCACACACGCACUCCACACACAUACCCCGAAGGGAGGCGAUUUCCCCAGGGUGGGGGGGGAGGCGAGAGGAAGCCGGACAAGCAAAACGAACUGCCAGCCGAUUGCGGAAGGUAUCCCGGAGGAGAAAACCCUGCAAUUGAGGAGGGAGGGAAACUUUUUAUCUUUUUGUUGGGGCAAU